AUGCGCGAAAUCCGACGAUAUUUGUUGUGGAUCGGCUACGACGGAUCGAAAUUUCCGGAAAUGGCCGUUGGCGGCACCGGAUUCGGAGUUAUGGACCUUUUGAAGCAGGUUUAGACACUUAACCCUAUAAAAACUUGAUUUCCUAAUUUUCAGACAAUUUCCGAGUCACUUUUCGGGCCUCGAAGCGAUCGGACCGACGUAGAGCCGGAGCAGAAACUGAAAUUCUCGCCGAGCAGCCGAACAGACGCGAAAGUUCAUGCGAUCAAGAAUUCUGUCAUUUGUCAGGUUUUCCCCUGAACUUCUCGCUAAAAUGCUAUCAAUUUCCGCUUGCAGAUUCCUCUGGAACUCGCGGAAAUCGAUAAAACGCCGGAAAUCAAGCGGAACUAUCUGGAAAAAUGGCAAACCACUAUAGAAAAUGUGAAUCCGGGUUCGCUGAAAAUUCGAGACGUUCAUUUGGUUUCAGCUGGCUUUUGCGUACGCAGAAAUGUCUCUUAUCGGUGAGUUUUCUUUUUUUCCGGUUAUUCUGCGUCUCUUUUCCACUUGGUUUCCCUUGGCAACCAACCAAUUCGAGUUUCCGUGCUCCUUUCCUUCAGAAACAGAGAAAAGCGAGACUUUAUUAAUUUUCACGCAAAAUUUGCAAAUUUUCAGAAAAUACACGUAUCGAUUAGCUGUUUGCCGCUCUUGGAAACUAUGGGAAUCGAUUCGGGAGGAGCCGACGAUCGCGUGCUUCUCCGAAAAAGAGUACUCGUGGAGAAUACCGCCCGGAUUCUCGCCACAACGAUUUUUAGCGGCGGCGCAGAUUUUUGAAGGUAUUUUUAAUCGAAAAAAAAAUUGAGAAUUCAUUUUUCUAGGCGAACAAGUGAUGGGCUCGUUUUUCAAGCACACCGCCCGUGCGAAACGUCUCGAACCGCUGAGUCCGUCCGCUUUGAAGCACAUUUUGCACGUGGGAAUCACGAAAGGAGAGGCGUACUCGAUGCCCAACGACAUUUAUGACUGUUUCAAUGUCACUAUUGUCGCCAACAGUUUUGUCAGAGAACAAGUCGCUUUUAUUCCCAAAAAAAUAUUUGAAUUUUGUUUUGCAGAUCCGUCGAAUGAUGUCGUGUCUGGUGAACCAUUCAUACGACCGCAUGCCGUUGUCGACCAUCAAAUGGCUGCUCCGCAAUCCGAUUAGCUCCAAUUUUCAAGAUCUCGGCAUUCCGAUCGCCCCGCCGCAAGGCCUUUUUCUCACGGAAGUCGUCUACGAUCCGAGAAUGUUCCAGAAUCCCGUUCCCUACCAUUAUCACUCGUGGGAUUAUGACUAGAAGUGAUAAAAUCGUUCUUGUUUCUCUGUAAGCGCUGAAAUUUUUGCGAAAAAUCUGCAAAAACAACAUCUUUCGGUCAAAAUCCGUCGCCAACACAUUUACCGAGCAACAAGUGAUUUCUCGGGCGGCCCAACGCAAAAAUCGAUACACUUAUGUGAAAUUGCAGUGUAACAUUAGUCGCCGAACGCAUUUUUCCGACGAUUUUCCGCAAAACAUUGGCGAUUUUCCGUCGGAAAACGGGCGCCGACAAGUGUCGGAAUACACUGCGCGUCGUCCGAGAGGAGUACACGGCGGCCGAACGGAGGCGGGUCUCGGCACGAUUUGCUGACGCCGCGCAAUACCGUACCCCCUGCAGUUUAAAUUUCGGACCGCUCGCCGCCAAGGGGGCGUUUUCGGCUUUUUUGGCGCUUCACGUCCCCGUUUUAUGAGUUUUCCGCGAAUUUCGCUGAAAUUAUUGAUUAUCGGACUGUUGGCAACCUUUUCGAAACGAUUUUAUCCUGUGAAAGUUCCCCAGACGGUCAGGAAAAUUAAUUUUAGGCCUAGCCGAUUUUUCUUCAUAUGCUCAAUUUUGCCUUCUAAAAUUCUUGUAAAAUUUUCUAAUUUUUCAGGGUAUUUUCUAGAUAGUCUUAACGGCUACAUUUUUUAUUUCCAAGGCUUUUUUAUCCGGCUUUUUAUAACUUUUAUUGUUCUUUUCUGGUUCAGUAAAGUAAAGUGAGUUUAUCUUCCGUUUCAGAUCCAUUAAAAUCAAACUUUUUUGCAGAUAGUAGUAAAAAUGGAAGCUCCAGAUAACAAGAUUAACGGUAACGCCUCUGAGACUAUCAAGGAAAAUGGGCACUCGACGAAGGGCAACGAGGACAAGUGAGUAUAUUGAACCGAUUGUUUUGCCCAAAAUGCUAGGAUAGCUUACGUUGCAGAAAGAUUUUUGUUGGUGGAAUCUCCCCGGAAGUCAACAACGAAGAUUUGAGCACGCACUUCACCCAAUUCGGAGAAGUUGCUCAGGCUCAGGUCAAGUACGACCGAACCAACGGCCGCUCCAGAGGAUUCGCAUUUGUCGAAUUCACCACUGGUGAGGGAUGCAAAUUGGCCCUCGGAGCCCGUGAGCAGACCAUCAAGGGAAAGUCCGUGAGUUUUUCUACUGUUUUUUGAAAUACAAGCUUUGACAAAUAUCAAAAACGCAUAGUUUGUUGUAGGUCGAGGUGAAGCCGGCAAAAUCUCGGGAAAACAAGAAGGUAUUCGUCGGAGGACUCCCCUCCGACUACAGCGAGCAAGAUCUUCGCUCUCACUUUGAGCAGUUCGGAAAGGUCGACGACAUCGAAUGGCCUUUCGACAAGCAGACGAAGACGCGCCGCAACUUUGCGUUCAUCGUCUUCGAAGAGGAAGAGUCGGCCGACAAGGCCUCCUCGCAGACGAAGCAGACCUUCGGAACUCGCGAAUGCGACGUGAAAAAGGCCGUUCCACAGGGCAAGCGAUUCGCCGGAGCCGGUGGACGGAUUCCCGGAGGACGAGGAAUGUACGGUGGACGCGGAGCCAACAACAACUCCGGAUGGUACGCCGGAUGGGGACAGAUCGGAGCCAUGCCAUAUGGAGCCGGCGGAUGGGGAGACUGGUACGGAAACAGCAACUAUUACGGAGCCCAGCAAGGACAUCACAAUCAAAGCGGUUCCUCACAGGGAUACGGCGGCAGCGGAUACCAGAGUGAGUGAAUUUACGGAAAAAUUAGUUUGAAUAAUUGCACUUUGAGCUUUUUUCCGGCUUCGAGCAACGUUUUACCCGUACUAGGCUUUUUAGGAGGCAACAACAGCGGCUUCGAAUUCCCGCAAGGAGCCCAAGGCGGAGCCAGACUGAACCCCGGUGCCCAGCAGCAGCGUUUCCAGCAACAAACUGCUCAGGCUCAAAACUUCUAA